AUGAAGAUGGAACAUUCAGCUGACGCUCUCGCAGCGGCAACGAGUCUGCAGACACACAUGUACAUAUCUAGCGCGUGCUGUCACUCGACCUCAAAAAUGAUCAGUGCAGAUCUGCAAGCAGUACAAUUUGAUACGUACAAGGACCAGCUCAACAAUCGACUUCUGUUCGCGAUUCCAAAGAAAGGUCGGUUACACGAAAAGUGCCUCCAGUUACUCUCCGGUGCCGAUAUACGAUUCCGGAGACCCAACAGGCUUGAUGUGUGUAUAGUGAGGAAUCACCCAGUAGCUCUUGUAUUUCUUCCAGCAGCGGACAUACCAUCGUUCGUUGGAAAUGGUAAUGUCGACCUUGGCAUUACGGGCCACGAUGUCAUCAUCGAGGCCAAAAUGCAAGAUCAGGUCACCGAAGUCUAUCGCCUCGGGUUUGGAAAAUGCGCCUUGCAAGUCCAAACUCCAGAAAACGGGCCGUACAAGUCAGUCGAAGAUCUUGCUGGAAAACGCGUUGUCACAAGUUUCGAAGUCCUUGCGGGGGCGUACUUUGACAAGAUCGAUGAGCAACUGAACCUUACUGGUGAUAACAAAACGAAGAUCCAAUAUGUAGGAGGAAGUGUAGAGGCAGCCUGCGCUCUCGGACUCGCGGACGGCAUAGUCGAUCUUGUUGAGUCUGGAGACACGAUGCGAGCAGCCGGUCUACGCGCUAUCGCGACAGUGCUGCAGACAGAGGCAGUACUCAUAAAAUCAAACGUUCCUCAUCGCGCCCAUCAUGCACCCUUGAUUGAUCUCAUCGCCAGCCGGAUAGCCGGAGUCUUAGCUGCCGGAAAAUAUGUUGUCUGCGAAUAUAACAUCCGUAAGGAGUCCAUACCUCAGGCAACAGCUAUCACUCCUGGAAGAAGAGCGCCUACGAUCAGUCCUCUCGAGGAAGAAGGUUGGGUUGCGGUCAGUAGUAUGGUUGAGAAGAAGAGCAUUGCGACUACCAUGGACGAACUAGUGAAAAUUGGUGCAGAGGAUAUCCUGGUUUUCAAUCUGGAUAAUUGCAGAGUGUGA